AUGAAUGGUAAUUAUCCUCCGGAAUUGGCAUUGCAAAGGCUUUCUGAAUAUUUUUCACCGUUAGAACGAUUGAAGCUACAACAAUGCUGCAAGUAUUUUUAUACAAUUUAUGGUAAAUGGUUGGAUAUUUUGGCAUUAGAUAUCCGAAUUGUUGAGCUAAAUGAUGAUGAUAAUAAUGAACAAACGCUAUUUGCUCGAGAUAUUGCACAACAUUGCAAAAGUGCCAAAUUUACAUAUCGUAUAGAGCUUACGGAUACACGUGGUACUACGUAUAAUCUAAAAUUUAAUUCUGAUAAAUAUGCAAAUCGAGCGCUAAAAAUUAUGUUUUCUAGAUUACAGCAAUCAUUAACAACAUUAACAAUUCAUAAUGGAUGUUUAAGUGAAGAAUUUAGUAAUAUUUUAUCACAACUUCAUUCAAUUACAACAUUACGAAUGUGGAAUUCGGCUUGUUAUUUUGAUAAAAAAAAGUUUGCUUUUUUAUUAAAGCCCAAUUAA